GAAUCGACUGGCGUUAAAGGGCGAACCGAAAAGGGAGGUGCUUUCAACGUGACUCGGCCUGCGGAACCGAGCGGAAGUCCCGGUUCACACGCCACACGCAGAGCAUCUUGGGGGCCGGAAGGAGGUGGAAACUCCUGCCGCGGACCAGAGCGCCCGCUAACUCGCGUGGUUGUGAAAGAGUCUGUUGCUGGAGCGCGUGGCUCGUGCGCAGAGGUCAGAGGUGGCCGAAAGCCCGACGUCGGUGUAGAACCUGAGACCGCGAGUGAUGGUGGGGAGGUCCCGGCGGCGCGGAGCGGCCAAGUGGGCAGCUGUGCGAGCCAAGGCAGGUCGUGGCCCAGCGGACGAAAAUGAAGACGACUUAGACUUGCCACCAUCACCGGGGGACUCCAGCUACUACCAAGAUAAGGUAGAUGAUUUCCAUGAGGCCCGAUCUAGGGCCGUCUUGGCUAAGGGCUGGAGCGAAGUAGAGAGUGGGGACGAGGAGGAGGAUGGCGAGGAGGAGGAGGAGGUGCUAGCCCUUGAUGUUGCCGAUGAGGACGACGAAGAUGGAGAGAGUGAGGGGGAUGAGGAGGAUGACGAUGAUGAUGGUGGGAGCUCCGUGCAGAGUGAGGCUGAGGCCUCUGUGGAUCCCAGCCUGUCUUGGGGUCAGAGGAAAAAACUUUACUAUGACACGGACUAUGGUUCCAAGUCCCGAGGCCGGCAGAGUCAGCAAGAAGUAGAGGAGGAGGAAAGAGAGGAGGAAGAGGAGGCACAGCUGAUUCAGCGGCGCCUAGCCCAGGCCCUGCAAGAGGACGAUUUUGGCGUCACCUGGGUGGAGGCCUUUGCAAAACCGGUGUCUCAGGUAGAUGAGGCUGAGACACGGGUUGUGAAGGAUUUGGCGAAAGUUUCAGUGAAAGAGAAGCUAAAGAUGCUGCGGAAGGAAUCACCAGAGCUCCUGGAGUUGAUAGAAGACCUGAAAGUUAAGUUGACAGAGGUGAAGGAUGAGCUGGAGCCAUUGCUACAGUUGGUGGAGCAAGGGAUCAUUCCACCUGGAAAAGGAAGCCAAUACCUCAGGACCAAGUACAACCUCUAUUUGAACUACUGCUCCAACAUCAGUUUUUAUUUGAUCCUGAAAGCUAGGAGAGUCCCUGCACAUGGACAUCCUGUCAUUGAAAGGCUUGUUACCUACCGGAAUUUGAUCAACAAGCUGUCAGUUGUGGAUCAGAAGCUGUCUUCUGAGAUUCGUCAUCUGCUCACACUUAAGGAUGAGGCUGGAAAGAAAGAACUGGAUCUGAAAGCAAAAUCCAUCAAGGCCAAACCAAAAUCUGUUUCAGAGACGACUGCUGCUGCUGCCUCUGCUGUUACAGAUCUUUCUGAUGAUUCUGAUUUUGAGGAGGAAGCUGUGCUGAAAUACUAUAAAGAAACAGAAGACAGGCAAAACUUGAAGAGAAAGAAAGAAGAAAGUAGUACUGAAGAACAGGCUCUUGAAGAUCCAAAUGCAAAGAGAGCCAUUACCUAUCAGAUUGCUAAAAAUAGGGGACUUACACCCAGGAGAAAGAAGAUUGAUCGCAAUCCCAGAGUGAAACACCGGGAGAAGUUCAGAAGAGCCAAAAUUCGCAGAAGAGGCCAGGUUCGUGAAGUUCGUAGAGAAGAGCAGCGCUACAGUGGUGAACUGUCUGGCAUUCGUGCAGGAGUUAAAAAGAGCAUUAAGCUUAAAUAAAGUUUUUGCUUAGCUUAAGUUUUUUGGCAAUAAUUUUAGAUAAAUAAAUUUUUUACUUUUAACUGGUGGAGUGAUUGUAUUAAUAUAUAUAAUACCUAACCAUAAAUUUUAAAAAGUUUUGUCAAAAGGGAAACUUGUUUGGGUUAUUGCUGUAUAUGUCCUUUAUGUUAAGGUCAUACUAAGCAGUGUGUGAGGAAUGUGAAGGUGGUCAGCAAAAGAGAUGUUGAAAAAAGUUCUCCCCUUAUUCUGUCAAGUAGUAGCUUAGGAAAAUUUCACAGCUAGUUGUGAAGCCACAGUCAAAUGUAGAACUCUUUUAUAAUUUUUCAGGUAAAGUGAAGAGAAUGCACCUUUGGCAGUCAUGUUAUUUUUAAGAUAGCCUUAAAAUAGUUCUGACAUAUUUCAUUUACCUAAGUAUAAUUCUUGAGCAGGAUGCUUGUUAAUAAAUAGAUUUAAUGUUAA